UGGGAGGUGAUAGUCCCGCAGGCUAGCUGCAGCAACCCGAAAUUUAUUAUGCGACACGAAAUUCUGAAUCUGCUCGAAGCCGGUCAGACACCUGGAACCGGCUUCCUUCUUGUCGAUGUCCGCAGAGAAGACCAUCAGGGUUCAAGUAUCGCUGGUUCUGUCAAUAUGCCUAUACAAACACUUUUCCAAAGCUUACCGACGCUGAUUCGCAUCUGUAUUGGAGGCAAGAUAGAUCGCGUCAUAUUCUAUUGUGGACAUUCCACCGGCCGUGGGCCCCGUGCCGCAGCGCUGUUUAAUGAUGAGAUCAAAAGGAAUAAACUCGAGGGACAAAUCCAGAGUCUAGUGCUUACGGAGGGUUUCAACGGAUGGUCAACUGCUGGCGAGGCGUUUGAUAAG